GCGUAAUCGGUCAAAUGGUUUUUGAGACGUAGCCUUAUGAAAGUUUUCGAAUUUAUCUGAUUAUUUUCAAUUCUUUUUUCCAAUUUUGCGGAGGAUCGGUCUGCUACGGUCCUUCAUUCUUUCUUAACAUUACCGUUAGCUUUACUCGUGGAAGCUCGAAUCGAAUGAAUCUCCCGCGCGUUCGCUGGCCGCCAUGUUUUUAUUCUGGCGCAGUCAAUGUAUUUUCUUACUUUUCGUCUACAAAAAGUGAUCAUCGAAAUCGAAAAUUAAUUUCUUGCGUAAUUUUCCGUGAUUGACCUUGAGUGUUACGUUUUCGGCAGAUUCCGUAUCAGAACGGUUUUUUCAAGCAAUUGAAUACAUUGCUCGCCGCUUGUAGCAUUCUCGGUAUUCAGUUCCCUUUAUUUUCUCCUAUAAUUUGCAUUACGUCUAUGGCAAUCUUGGUAUAUUUAAGUACAUGUUUCUAUUUUAUUUAGUACACUUUUCAUUUAUAAUUCAAACAUAUUUCCACAUGAUUGAAUCAUCGAAGAAACUGGUUUGUGACGCAAUACGUCACGCGUCGUGCCCGCCAUUUUACUGUGAUGUUACAUUUCGUCAGUCAUUCCUCUUCUUUCGUUAGACCUGCACGCGCGUGGAAUGCUGGUCGAAUAAUUCGUUUCUAUCCUGUUCGACUCUAGCCCGAAAAAAGUAAAAAAAAUCCAAAAAAAUACGGGCGUGAAGAGCCGAAUACUUUAGUCCCCGUUUGGUUACCGUGUUUUGCGUUUGGCGUUGUGAAUUGCGUUAAAACACCAUGGAAUCUAUAAUCCCGGCGGGCGGACCGAGUUACCCCAUGGCAUCUCUGUAUGUUGGGGACUUACACCAAGAUGUGACCGAAGCAAUGUUGUUUGAAAAGUUUUCAACUGCGGGUCCAGUUCUUUCGAUCCGAGUAUGCAGAGACAUGGUCACGAGGAGAUCUUUAGGGUAUGCCUAUGUCAACUUCCAACAACCGCCAGAUGCUGAACGUGCUCUAGAUACUAUGAACUUCGACAUCAUGAAGGGACGCCCAAUUAGAAUCAUGUGGUCCCAGCGCGAUCCAAGUUUACGGAAAUCUGGUGUUGGAAACAUUUUCAUGAAGAACUUGGACAAGUCAAUUGAUAACAAGGCCAUGUAUGAUACAUUUUCAGCUUUCGGGAACAUCCUCAGCUGCAAGGUCUUAGUAGCAACAGAUGAAGCUGGCAAUUCGAAAGGCUACGGCUUCGUGCACUUUGAGACGGAAGACGCAGCGAAUCAGGCCAUUCAGAAAGUCAACGGUAUGUUGCUCAACGGCAAGAAGGUUUACGUAGGCAAGUUUAUUCCUCGCAAGGAGCGCGAAAAGCUGAUGGGCGAGAAGGCACGAAAGUUCACGAACGUCUUCGUCAAGAAUUUUGGAGAAGAUCUGAAUGACGAAAAGCUCGCGGAGAUCUUCAGCAUGUAUGGGAAGAUUACAUCGUGUAAAGUCAUGACCAGUGACGACGGCAAGGCGAAGGGAUUCGGGUUCGUUGCUUUUGAGGAUGCACUGAAUGCUGAGAAGGCGGUCGAAGAGCUUCACAACAAGGAGGUCAACGGAAAAGUUUUGUAUGUAGGCCGUGCUCAGAAGAAAGGCGAACGUCAAAUGGAGCUCAAGAAGAAGUUCGAGGCCAUCAAAAUGGAGCGAUUAAACCGUUAUCAGGGAGUUAACUUGUAUGUGAAGAACCUGGAUGACUCUAUCGAUGACGAGCGAUUGAGGAAGGAUUUCGAGCCUUUCGGUACCAUCACGAGUGCGAAGGUCAUGACUGACGAAACUAGGAGCAAGGGAUUCGGGUUCGUUUGUUUCUCGUCUCCGGAAGAAGCCACUAAAGCUGUCACAGAGAUGAAUGGUCGAAUCGUUGGUUCGAAGCCGCUGUAUGUUGCUUUGGCUCAGAGGAAGGAAGAUCGUAAAGCGCAUCUAGCAUCACAGUACAUGCAACGGAUGGCCAACCUUAGAAUGCAGCAAUUGGGACCGCAGGCCUUCCCGCCAUCAAUGGCUGGGGCCGUCGCUGCAGCUGCGAGCGGUAACUUCUAUCUUCCAACGCUCGCCCAACCGAAUAGAUUCUACAGUCAAGCUCCAAUGCAACAGGUCAGAGGACCACCAAGAUGGCCCCCUGCGGCUGCACCUGGUCCAGGCGCUCUCCGAGGCCCUGCAAGCGCACAAGCAGGCUUCCCGACGCACGGUCUUCCAGCAUAUCGCGCUCGUGCUCCACCGCAGACCUUCCGCCCACCGUUCCGACCGCAACCUCAGAUGGCACCCAUGCCUGGACCUCGUACGAUGGCAGUACCACCCGGUGGCGUCCCGCCGCAGGGUGUCAUGCCAGCUGGUGUCCCGGCGCCACAAGCGCAACCGCUUGGUCCCCGCGGCGGAGUUCCACCGGGUGCCGCUGCUGCAGCAGGGUUCAAGUACACGCCGACGAUGCGAAAUCCACCUCAGCCUGGCCAAUCGGCUCAGGUUGUCCCGGGUGCACAGGCAAUGGGCGUGAAGCCGCAAACUCAGACCGGAGUAGCGGUUGAAGGUCAACCCGAAUUGACAGCAUCAAUGUUGGCCUCCGCCUCGCAGCCGGAACAAAAGCAAAUGCUUGGUGAACGCUUGUUCCCGAUUAUCCGAGCCAUGCACUCCCAACUUGCUGGCAAAAUUACCGGCAUGUUGCUCGAAAUUGACAACACCGAACUGAUUCACAUGCUCGAAAAUUCAGAUUCGCUGAAAGCAAGGGUUGAAGAGGCCAUUGCCGUGUUGGAAGCCCACCAGGCGAAAACUCAAAUGACAGGUUCGCAGCCGUCGAGGCCAAGUGCCGGGAUGAAGGAUGAAUAA